AUGACCCAAUCUGAGCUUUUAGAGAAUUUGGACGGCCCCAUCCUUUUUCAGCCAAAGGCUGAAAAAGAUAAAAUGAAAGGACAAGUAAUUUGCUACUCUGGUGAAAAUUACUUGACGGAUAUUCCAACCCGUGAUGAUUUAGUCACAGAAAACAAUGAAGGAUUAAUGGCAAUUCUUGAAGAUGCUUUAUCUAAGCAUCAAGAUAUUCCAUUUAUGGCCAUUGAUGUGGAAGAGUCCACUAAAUUCACAAAUAGUCAAGCCUGGUAUGUAUUGCGUCUCUAUAGCCCUCUCAUCAAUGGUCAGAAAGCAGCAGUAUCAAUUAUAGGAAUUCAAGUAUUCUUUGAUAUUCUCAUACCAGAUAAGGAAUCUACAGAUGCGUUUGAGGCAAAAAUAAGAGGCAUCCUCUUCAAUGCGAUAAAAUCGUUUAAAAUAGAGCAUAUAAAGGCAUUUUCAUUUCAUGGUUAUCAUGUGGAAAAAAAGUUAUAUUUGUGCAUUUACACAGUUAAUACUAAGCAAAAGAAAAUGGCUAUGAAAGCUGUUCAAAAGAAAAAGUACAUAACUGCCUCAGAUGAUCAAUUCACAUAUUAUCGCAAAAUGGCUUGUGAGUAUGGAAUUUCACUAUCAGGAUGGUCUACAAUAAACGAAAUUGAUACUAAAGCUUUGGCAUAUGCCCAAAAGCGUGAAGGAAGAUGCUUAGCUAAAGUUAGUCCUAAUACAUAUUUAUGGGCAUGUAAGAAAAAACAUCAAUAG